UUGAAAAAGGCCACGAAAAUGCCUUAGCUCCAAGUAUUUUAGUGUGGUUCAUUCACUGCGUAAGGAGCUUUUCAAUAAGGAUUAACCGAUGUGGGAGGAAAUCGCACAAAAUUUGUGCAAGAAUGUAUCCGAUACAUUUUUGUGGGAACAUUUACAUAAGCUCUGUAGUGGCUGUCCACAUCCAACAGGUAGCAAAGCGAAUUAUGAAUUAGCAGGUAUGAUAGAAACUAGCUGGAAAGAGUGGGGUUGGCCUAUUGUUCAUCGUCAGGAAUUUUCUGUGACUCUGCCUUUAGGACCUCCAGAAAGCGGUUCAUGGAAUGAGGUACUUCUGACCAGCAGAGAUGGCUCUUUAGUCAUACACAGAGCUCAAAAUAGCGUUGCUGUCCCAUUUACAUCUGGAGACUGCAUUCAACCUCCAAACGUUAUAGAUCCAAAGAAUGACCGUUUACCAGUCUACCAAGCCUAUUCCUGUCCAGGUGAAGUAUUUGGGCAUUUUGUUUUCGUGAAUUAUGCAAAUCGUAAGGAUUUGUUAGAGUUUGAUAAACUGCAAAGUCGGGAGAAAGGCCAACCCAGCAAACUAUGCGAUAACAACAUAAUUGCAAUUGCUAGACUUGGUAGUGGAACUCGACAAUACAAGUUGAAAAAUCUUAUGGAACAUUGUGAUUGCGGUGAUGGUAAUACCCCACUUCCUGACCAUCAUCCUGGGGCUCUCAUACUUUAUCCUGAUCCAAGUGACUUCUCAGAAGACCAUUCUAUUUAUCCAAAUGGAAAUGGACUGCCAGGAGAUGCACCUGUAUUCGGUCAUAUCAAUAUGAAACAUGAUGGUGGUGGUGAUCCGACUUGUACUGGCUUGCCAUCACUUCCUCAUAUUUAUCGAACAGACGCAUUGGUACCAGGUGAGGCCCUCACUCAGAUCCCCGUUCAGCCAAUUGGUUAUGAUGAUGCCAAAGUACUUUUGUCAUACUUAGAGGGACCGAAUGUUCCUAGUGGUUGGGAAACAAGUCUAGCAACUCAUGUAGGACCGUCAUCUGAAAGCUGUUUAAAAGUAACUGUAAACAACCAAGUCUCUGCAAAUCCAAUAAAGUUAUGCAAUGUGAUAGGUGUUAUGCCUGGAGACAGCACAUCUAGUAUGAAUGAAUCAGAUCAAUAUGUAAUUAUGGGUAAUCAUCAUGACGCUUGGGUGCAAGGUGCAUGUGAUCCGGGAUCAGGAACGGUGAUUUUGCAGCAAAUUGCUCGAAUUCUGGGUGAAGCUUAUCGUGACGGUUUUCGACCUCGUCGUACCAUAAUUCUUGGUUCUUGGGAUGGGGAAGAACUUUCCCUUUUGGGUUCAACACAUUUCGUACAUACUUUUGAAUGUGAACUGUUAUCCAGAUCUAUUGUUUAUAUCAACUCAGAUUGUCCAGUAAAAGGUCAUAAAGUAUUUUCUGCUCGAACUGACGAGUUGCUUGUGGAUGGUAUUUUUAAAGCUGCCAAAUUGGUGCAAGUUGAUCCGCCAGUAAAUAUUCAGUCACUUUAUGACGAAUGGUUAAAUCAUCAGAAUAAUAAUGUUAAUGAACCAAAGGUAUCAUCUCUUGGUGGAGGAUCUGAUCAUAUACCCUUUGCUUAUCGUUUGGGGAUUCCAUCUACAUAUCCAGAAUUUCUCCCAGAUGAUGGUUUUUAUAACACACCAGUGUAUCAUACAGCGUACGAUAUUGUUGAUGUGGCAGAACGAUUCACUGAUCCUGCUUCACCAGUUACAGGCCAUUUCCCUCGACAUCGAUUGAUUACUCGUUUAAUCUUGACUCUGAUAAUUCAAUUGGCUUGUUCCCCUCGAUUACCACUAUCUCCAUUGAGGUUAUCACAGUGCUUAUUGGAUGACUGGUCAAAAUUUACGGAGUUGGUAGCAGGUCAAAUACCCGAUAUGAUAAAAUAUGGUGUGAAUUUAGUUUGGGUUACAGAAGAACUUGAAAAGUUUCAUAAGUCAUGUCAAGAUUUUGAAAAAUUCGCAAAUACUGCAGAACAAAGUCGUGACGAGUUUCCAUCCUACCUCAAUCGUAUACUUACUGGUAUAAAUAAACACUUUGUAGCUGCCAGCCAAUUUGUAAAAGCACCUUUGAAAAACGUCAUCCAGGGGCCUAGUGGUUAUGGGUCAGUGUAUUUCCCGCAUGUGAAAUCCUCCUAUGAGAACUUCAGAAGUUUAUACACCGAGCGCAAAGCAGAAAUCAUCCAUUCGGGAGAACUAAACGAAUUCAAAUUAGAACUAUCAAAUAUUGUUAACUGUUUGCAGCAGCUUUGUCAUUGGCUCCAAAAUGGCUUAAUCGGUCCACAUACUCCUUCAAUAAUUUAGUAUGACUUCACAAUUAUGUAUAAUGAUGCACUAUAAAUUCGAUUAUCUUUUCGUUUCUUUUGUGACAGUUUUCUUACUGAUUGACUUCUGCCUGUCAUGUGCAAUAUACAUAUUAGCCUUUC